GCAAGAUUUACAAGCAACGCUAAAAUUCUCAACAAAUAACAAUGUCGUAAAUGUUUUUUUAACUUAUAGAUUACAGAGCUUAGAUUGGUUUAUCUCCAAAAAAUUGUAUAAUUUAUCGGUCCAUUAUCAAGAAUAAACAACUGAGUGCAGUUGUAGUUUGAGCCUUGUUGAAAUAACCGGUGUGAUAAUGAAAACGGGAAUUUUCAUUUUAUCGUUGUGGACGUUGUUAUUUUCGAUUCAUGAAGUGCAACCGCUGAAUAUUUUAGGAAUAUUUCCAUAUGCAGGCAAAAGCCAUUUCUUCGUCUUCGAUAAAUAUCUGCAAGAACUAGCUCAUCGUGGACACAAUGUUACUGUUAUAUCGUAUUUUCCUCUAGAGGAACCCUUACCAAAUUAUCAUGACAUCAGUUUAGCUGGGAAAAUGAAUGUCUUGGAAGGUGUGUUUCCCAUUUACCGUUCGUAUUGGCAAAUAUUUCAAACGAGUCUUUUUCUUUUUUCAACUGGAACAGAAAAUUGCAGAGUUUUACUGGGAGACGAGAACGUGCAAAAUCUGUGGAAAUCUAAGGCAAAAUUCGAUGUUAUCGUUUUGGAACAGUUCAACAGUGAUUGUUCCCUCGGAUUAGCUUAUAAACUAGGAGCGCCUGUAGUUGCUGUUAAUUCACAUUUUUUCAUGCCUUGGCAAUUCAGUAGAUACGGUAUAGCUUACAACCCAUCAUACGUUCCAUUCCAUUUUUUUGGAGGUGGAACUAAACCAACAUUUUAUGAAAGAGUGGAACGGACAUUAUUCCAUGCAUACUGUAUAUCAGCCUUCAAGUUAUGGGUACAAAGAGUUGAUCAAAAUACUCUUGCUGAAUACUUUAACGAUAUCCCACCUUUGGAAGAAUUAGCUAAGGAUAUAAAAUUUUUACUAUCUUAUACUAGCUUAAUGCUAUCCGGGUCUCAAUUAUUACCAGCAAAUAUAAUUGAAGUCGGUGGGUAUCACGUGAGAAAGCCUAAUCCGUUGCCAGAAAAAAUACGCAAGUUUAUAGAGGACUCUGAACAUGGUGUCAUUUACAUAAGUUUUGGAUCUAUGCUCAAAGCGAAUACAACACCUAAAGAUAGGAUUGAAGCUAUUGUUGCUGCUUUAUCUGAACUCCCUCAACGAAUAUUGUGGAAAUGGGAAGAAACGACAUUACCGGGAAAUCCUAAAAACAUAUUUAUUUCUCCGUGGUUACCUCAAAAUGAUGUUCUAGCACAUCCGAAGGUACUAGCUUUUUUCUCACACUGUGGCUUGCUAAGUUCAACUGAAGCUAUGUACCACGGAGUACCCAUGGUCGGUAUGCCUAUCUUUGGAGAUCAGCCUGCAAACGCAGGCUUUAUGGAGGAGAGUGGACUUGGAGUGCAAAUUCAAAUCGGAGAAUUAACAAAGGAUGACCUUUUGGACAAAUUUAAAACAGUUCUUGACCCUGGAUUCAGAAGUCGAGUUAAACUCAUAUCAAAGGCAUGGCAUGAUCGUCCUCAAUCCCCGAUGGAUAGCGCUAUUUACUGGACCGAGUUCGCAGCACGUUACAGUAACUUUACAUUCAAAAACCCAUCAGUUAAUGUGCCUCUUUAUCAGUAUUAUGGAUUAGACGUUCUAUCGUUUUUGAUAGUGUGUACAAUUAUUUACCUGUUUAUUGUUGUAAAAAUAUUCUCGUGCUUGUGUUUAACUAAAAAAUCUAAGAGGAAAAUUAAAAAGAAGAAACAAUCGUGAAAAAAUUUGAAUGUAAUGUUAAAUUUAUGUUUUUGUAGUUAAUAAAUAAUAUAAAAUUGGC